CUCGACGGCGGCGGUAGCCGUGGCAGCAGCCGCGCCGGCUCUGCCGGCUCGCCGGGUGGGCUCAGUUCCGCUCACGCAGGAGUCGAGCGCAGAGGGCGGGGAAGGGACCUGCUGCCGCUGCGGUCGCCCAGCCGCUCCCGGAGCGCGCGGCGUCUCUCCGGGCCCGGCCGGCCCGCUCCAUGCCGCUCCGUUGCGGAAGUGUAGCGGGGGGAGGCGGCGGCGGCACGGAGCGCGGGAGGCCGGGGCCCGGCCCCCUGCAGCACUAGGCUCCGGGAGCCGCGCGGCGCGCCCCAGCGGCCCGGCUGCCCGUGCGCCCGGCGCCCGCCGCAGACUGCAUGCCCCGCGCUGCGCCUCGUCGGGCCCCCGCCGCCGCCUCCUGCUCGCACCGCUGCUGCCGGGCGCCGGAGUAAUAUGCUCACUCGAGUGAAAUCUGCCGUGGCCAAUUUCAUGGGCGGCAUCAUGGCUGGCAGCUCAGGCUCCGAGCACAGCGGCGGCGGCUGUGGAGGCUCGGACCUGCCCCUGCGCUUCCCCUACGGGCGGCCGGAGUUCCUGGGGCUGUCUCAGGACGAGGUGGAGUGCAGCGCUGACCACAUCGCCCGCCCCAUCCUCAUCCUCAAGGAGACCCGGCGGCUGCCCUGGGCCACUGGCUACGCAGAGGUUAUCAAUGCUGGGAAGAGCACACAUAAUGAAGACCAAGCCAGCUGUGAGGUUCUCACUGUGAAGAAGAAAGCAGGGGCCAUUACCUCAACCCCGAACAGGAACUCGGCUAAGAGACGGUCCUCCCUUCCCAAUGGGGAGGGGCUGCAACUGAAGGAGAACUCGGAAUCAGAAGGCGUUUCCUGUCACUACUGGUCGCUGUUUGACGGUCACGCAGGGUCCGGGGCCGCGGUGGUGGCCUCCCGCCUGCUGCAGCACCACGUCACGGACCAGCUGCAGGACAUCGUGGAGAUUCUCAAGAACUCUGCCGUCCUGCCGCCCACCUGCCUGGGCGAGGAGCCUGAGAACACCCCCGCCAACAGCCGGACUCUGACCCGCGCCGCCUCGCUCCGCGGAGGCGUGGGGGCGCCGGGCUCCCCCAGCACCCCACCCACGCGCUUCUUCACCGAGAAGAAGAUUCCACACGAGUGCCUGGUCAUCGGGGCUCUGGAAAGUGCGUUCAAGGAAAUGGACCUACAAAUAGAACGAGAGAGGAGUUCAUAUAAUAUAUCUGGUGGCUGCACGGCGCUCAUUGUUGUUUGCCUUUUGGGAAAGCUGUAUGUGGCAAAUGCUGGGGAUAGCAGGGCCAUAAUCAUCAGAAAUGGAGAAAUCAUCCCCAUGUCUUCAGAAUUUACCCCCGAGACUGAGCGCCAGCGACUUCAGUACCUGGCAUUCAUGCAGCCUCACUUGCUGGGAAAUGAGUUCACACAUUUGGAGUUUCCAAGGAGAGUACAGAGAAAGGAACUUGGAAAGAAGAUGCUCUACAGGGACUUUAAUAUGACAGGCUGGGCAUACAAAACCAUUGAGGAUGAUGACUUGAAGUUUCCCCUUAUAUAUGGAGAAGGCAAGAAGGCCCGAGUAAUGGCAACAAUUGGAGUGACCAGGGGACUUGGGGACCAUGACCUGAAGGUGCAUGACUCCAACAUCUACAUAAAACCAUUCCUGUCUUCAGCUCCAGAGGUAAGAGUCUACGAUCUCUCCAAAUAUGAGCAUGGAUCAGAUGAUGUGCUGAUCUUGGCCACUGAUGGACUCUGGGAUGUUUUAUCAAAUGAAGAAGUGGCAGAAGCCAUCACUCAGUUUCUUCCUAACUGUGAUCCAGAUGACCCUCACAGGUACACAUUGGCAGCUCAGGACCUGGUGAUGCGUGCCCGCGGUGUCCUGAAGGACAGAGGAUGGCGGAUAUCUAAUGACCGACUGGGCUCAGGAGACGACAUUUCUGUAUAUGUCAUUCCCUUAAUACAUGGGAACACACUUUCAUGAACACGGCCCGGGGCAUCAGGAGGACAGCAGGGGAGAAAGCUGGGAUACCUCGUAGCAGGGCGGGACUGGGACGGGCCCCCGCAGGGUUCCGGGGGAUGCACCCUCCUCCCAGCCCAGGUGGGAAGUUUGCUGCUGAAAGGCCUCUGGCUGUACUUCUGGGGGACCCUUAGAUUUCAGUUUCCUCUUCAGUAACAGGUCUGGAUACUCAACGAGAGCAAAACAUAAAGGCUGCUACUGAGUGUUGUA